AUGUCAUUGAGGAAGCAGAGUCCAGUUGUCUGCGAGUCCGUGAGCCUACCAGAGUCCCGUUGUCUGCGAGUCCGUCAGACUACCAGAAUCCCACUGUCUGCGAGUCCCACUGUCUGCGAGUCCGUCAGACUACCGGGGUCCCGCUGUCUGAGAGUCCGUCGGACUACCGGAGUCCCGUUGUCUGCGAGUCCGUCAGACUACCAGAGUCCCGUUGUCUGCGAGUCCGUCAGACUACCAGAAUCCCACUGUCUGCGAGUCCGUCAGAAUACCAGAGUCCUGCUGUCUGCGAGUCCGUCAGACUACCGGGGUCCCGCUGUCUGCGAGUCAGUCAGACUACCCGAGUCCAGUUGUCUGCGAGUCCGUGAGACUACCCGAGUCCAGUUGUCUGCGAGUCCCGUUGUCUGCGAGUCCGUCGUCUGCGAGUCCGUCAGACUACCAGAGUCCUGCUGUCAGCGAGUCCGUCAGACUACCAGAGUCCCAUUGUGUGCGAGUCCGUCAGACUACCAGAGUCCUACUGUCUGCGAGUCCGUCAGACUACCAGAGUCCCAUUGUCUGCGAGUCUGUCAGACUACCCGAGUCCUGCUGUCAGCGAGUCUGUCAGACUACCAGAAUCCCGCUGUCUGCGAGUCCGUCAGACUACCAGAGUCCUGCUGUCUGCGAGUCCGUCAGACUACCCGAGUCCCGCAGUCUGCGAGUCCGUCAGACUACCAGAGUCCCACUGAAUGCGAGUCCAUCAGACUACCAGAGUCCCACUGUCUGCGAGUCCGUCAGACUACCAGAGUCCCACUGAAUGCGAGUCCAUCAGACUACCAGAGUCCCACUGUCUGCGAGUCCGUCAGACUACCAGAGUCCCGCUGUCUGCGAGUCCGUCAGACUACCGGAGUCCCGCUGUCUGCGAGUCCGUCAGACUACCCGAGUCCCGCUGUCUGCGAGUCCGUCAGACUACCAGAGUCCAGUUGUCUGUGAGUCCGUCAGACUACCGGAGUCCUGCUGUCUGCGAGUCCGUCAGACUACCAGAGUCCCACUGAAUGCGAGUCCAUCAGACUACCAGAGUCCCACUGUCUGCGAGUCCGUCAGACUACCAGAGUCCCACUGUCUGCGAGUCCGUCAAACUACCAGAGUCCAGUUGUCUGCGAGUCCGUCAGACUACCAGAGUCCAGUUGUCUGCGAGUCCGUCAGACUACCAGAGUCCAGUUGUCUGCGAGUCCAUCAGACUACCCGAGUCCCGCUGUCUGCGAGUCCGUCAGACUACCAGAGUCCCACUGAAUGCGAGUCCAUCAGACUACCAGAGUCCCACUGUCUGCGAGUCCGUCAGACUACCAGAGUCCCACUGUCUGCGAGUCCGUCAGACUACCAGAGUCCAGUUGUCUGCGAGUCCGUCAGACUACCAGAGUCCCACUGAAUGCGGGUCCGUCAGACUACCAGAGUCCAGUUGUCUGCGAGUCCGUCAGACUACCAGAGUCCAGUUGUCUGCGAGUCCGUCAGACUACCAGAGUCCUGCUGUCAGCGAGUCCAUCAGACUACCCGAGUCCCACUGUCUGCGAGUCCGUCAGACUACCAGAAUCCCACUGUCUGCGAGUCCGUCAGACUGCUGGAGGCUGGAGGUGCAAAGGUGUUGAAGGACUGAUCGUGUGUGUGAUUGGGUGGGUGAGAGGGAGGAAAGGGGCUCAUUUUGCUGUUGCUGUUUUGUUGCUUGCUGUGUUCUAUGCUGUUGUGUUCUGUGUUGUUUUGCUGAGCAUUGUGGACGUGUUACGUUGGCGCCGGAAUGUAUGGCAACACUUGCGGGCUGUUCCCAGCACAUCCGUUAGUGGUGGUUGCUAACGCAAUGAUGAAUUUCACUCUACGUUUAAAUGUACAUGUGAUAAAUAAGUGAAUUUGAAUAUGAAUCUGAUAAUCAUUUCUCUCUCUCUCUCUCUCUCUUUCUCUCAGUCAGACACACACACACACACACACACACACACACACACACACACACACACAUCCUAUUGACCUUUUGGAUCAUCUUAGAACCUCAAGAAGAUAAUUUCUUGAGAAGAUUUAUUUGAGUAAAUAUAUGAGCUUUUCUUCAGUUCUAAACUACCAGGCCAUACUCCAUAGAGUAUGUUAGUGUUAGUGAUCGGGAUGGAAUGAGGGCAGACUGGGCAGAUUCCGUUUGUUUUCCUUGGAGGGAAGAAGGCUGAGUGGGAACCUGUUUAAUUGAUUGAUUAGAUUUGUUUUCAGAACAGAAUCACAGAGUCAGACUACCUUGACUUGGACCAGGAUUCAAUUCAAAAUUAAAAAAAAGAAAACAUUUUAAAGUGAAUCACACUGAAUUUCAUGUGGGGCCAACUUACACUCCUGGUAAGAUAAAUGCAAUCUGUGUACACAAUAACAAAAUGUACCCACAAGGCGUGGAGCUACACUGUGUAAACUGAAUUAAGUAGGGUAUCAUUCAAGCUUCAGACAAGUGGAAAUAUACAUUUUAACAACUGGGUUGGCAGUGUAAUUUAUUCCUUCCACACCACCUCCUACAAGUAUCAGAAAAGAGUGUGUAGACCUUGACAGAUACCUAUAGAGACCACUGCCUCUUGCAGCGAUUAUGUUCUUUUCAUCAGUAAAAUCUGGAUUAAGUAGGCUAUGUAGUCAUGUGUGCCUUGUCCCAUCAAGUCUGGAUCUUUGGACAUCCCCUUUGGUCUUGGCUUGCUGCAUUUGAAAAUAUUGGAUGUAAGUUGAUCUAAGUUGUUCCCUCUAAGCUGCGUGGGUGUGGAGCUGUGCAGUAACCAAAAUGCUCCCACGCACAUAGCACUUGUUGCCAUGCAGCUGGAAUUUUCUUUCAUACAAUGUCAAUAUAAUUUUGAAAUCUGUUAAUAUAAUUGUGAAAUACCCUCUAAUUAAUUAUGUGUUAAUGAAUAUAAUCCAUAGAUUUUCUAAAUAAUAAACUUACCACAACCUUUACUUUGAAACAUUUUACAAACUUCAACAUAUUUACAACGAGAGUGUUUCAAAUUACAACCCUGUUACAAAUUGUAACAAUAAACACAGAAUGGAAGUCAAUAGCUCAUUGUUAAUAACCAAUAAGCCCACUGAAUGCUGAUGCUAGCCAGUUAAAACAUUUUACUUUUGCCAUUGUGCCUGUAAGUUGUUUUUACUGCCUGACAUCAUUUACUUUUGUUGUGAGUUGUAGUUUGUGUUUGUUUGAUAUGAAAAAUUCUAUAAAUAAUUCUGGAAAUUUCAUUAUACCCUUCAAUUAAUAUAUAAAACGAAAAAUAUGUGAUUUUUCAGUUUUCAUUCUUAACAUUCAUAGUAUACAUAUUACAAAAAAAAUUAAAGUUCCACACAGAUUUCAGGCCAUGUAAAAAUCUCCUGCUCAAUGCAGCUGUAAAAAAUUAGGGGGUCAUUGGUUGACUUUUAUAUUCCUUAUACCCACAGUUGCUUCUAAUAAAUCCCUUGCACACUUCAUCAAUUGGCUCUGAGGCUUUAUGGUUGCUUACUGUAAUGGAGACAUGUCAGCUUACUGAGACUUAAUGCUUACUUUUUCUCUGGGCUAUACGAGCUACUUCAUCCCAUUCCAUAGCAACCCAAGAUCAACCCUUGGUUACUAAUGGGCCUAGUUUGACAGAUUACAUUUGCUCAUAUUCUUGUUUCUUGCUUGUAGUUUAAUGUACAGUAUUUUUAGCUAUUAAUAAAGGUACAGUAUUUAUUAAUUGGAUUUCCAAUACCCAUAUUGUUUUGCAUUCAGUGUUAAAGUUCUGCAUGCUGUGAACUGCAAUUACCUGUAAAAAGCAUUUUGUUAAGAUGUUAUCUUCUUUAAAAAUAGAUACCCGCUCUGAAAAAUGACCUGAAAAGUAAAAGCUUCUGCCAAACCACUGAAAGGAGGUGGAGAAUGUCACAGUUAUUUACUGUACACAGGACAGCAAUAUCAGAUGCCUGAUGAUGGUGAGGAGUGAUAUCUGGGGCGAACUCUGACACUAGUGGAGCCAUACCCACUGGAACUGUUGCUAUGUGAUUCCUCGAAAUCUCCUAAAUCAUUUGCGCAGGGUUCCUCGGGUGCAUUCCAUCGAAGGCGCAGUGGGCAUGCUGGAAUCCAUACAGGGUUGGGGGGCUGGCCCCUG